CCUUGCUUGCCUUAAUAGACAUAACAGUCAGUUGCUACAUUAGAAAAUGUAUCUCCAUACCUUGUUAACUGGUCUACGCAUAUUAGUAUAUGACAACGUCGGACCACCAGAGUACGCCUUCAUAAGAAAUGGGUUUUACGCAUAAUGCUACGGCUGCAUUCUCCGAGUUCCAAAGCAGAACUGGGCUUUUCGCGGAGAUGGCAACCGGAUGCGCGAGCAGUGAAGGUCACAAAUUCUAUGCGAUUCGACAAUCGUUCGAAGAUCGUACUUGGUUUACCGAAAUUGCAGAUACCCGCAUCAUUCGCUCCCCAUGGCGCGACUGCAAGCUCGCGUUUGUUCUCGGUGAGUUCCAGACCUUAUUUUAUCCCACUUCGCUAAUGGGUCAGAACUUUCCCGUGAUGGGAGGCUUUGAUGGUGUUCAGGUGCAAUGCCAAGUGCCAGCCUUUAGCAAGACACGAACCGCAACCGAUCCCUUUCGCCACACAUCCAUCGACCCUUCAGCUGAGACGCUGCGUUGGAAGAAUGGGUUUAGAGUCUUGUCUCACGUGUCAUUCCGUGGUACGACACGUUCUCAUGUUCGAUAGCCUUCAAUAUAGUUAGAACCCUAGAAUUUACUAGGCCAGUGGCCUGAAAAAAACGCUCUGCAAAAAGAAGACGCGGAAUGAAGAACUUCUCUAGGUCGAUGACACGAUAUAUGAAGUCAGCUACUACUUUUCCAUUAAUGCAAUGAUUGUGGAACGUUAGGCUCAGGACGA